AUGGUGCUACGUCUCCGUCUGCACUUGAGAUUAGCGCACGGGAUUUUAGUUUUUAAAGUCGUCGGGGUUCGGUACCCCGCUUCGGAAUGCCUCGUUCCCCGGCUGACGAGCCUCGUCGACCUUGCCACACCUGCCAUUGUCAUCGAAUUCCACGUCUCAAAAUUGGAAAAAUCUUCGGGUUCAUCUUAUUUGGAAUAUGUAUCUAUGGCCAAGGCGCGCUCUUGCUCCAUGACUGCAAGCAAAUGGAUGCCAAUGACAUAUAUUGGCGAUGCAAAACGCGCACUACUACCACUUUCGAAAUGGACCAAAGACCUGACCCUCGGACUUGACCCAUUACUUUCCUCAUUGAAAGCGUGUCGCACCUACAUCCCGCUUGUUCAUGCUUUUCUCCACAUCCGAAACAGGGGGGGUCGAUCCGUUUGUAGGUGGGAGGGAAGAACUGGGGAUGCCGAAGAUGAUAGCGAGUUGAAUAUCGAGAGAAGAGGAGGAGGAAGGAGGAGUAGCCCGGCACAGACUACGGCUAACUAUAAAAACAAGACGAGAGACACGGAUGCUGAGCAAGGGGUUUUCAUGCCGUAUGCACUGAUCAUGGUGUGGAGAAGAUAUUCAAGGCAGGCAAAGCGGGGAUCUCGUUUGAGAAAGGGAGAUAGAAGACACUACCUAGACUCCAUUACAUCGCGGAAAGGCUUUCAAGAAUACCUGUGUUUGAGGUGCUGGACGCGAAGCUGUAAAGGGCCAGAUCUUCCAUCGAUAUCAACGAUGUCGCAUCGCAUCAUCACUAAGCGCAAACAUAAGUAUAUAUAUGAUAACAUCUGCAACAUUACCAAGAUAUCAAGAGAGUUGCGAGCUUAUUUCCCCCUACCAACUUCCUUCAUAACCACGCAACAUUCUAUUCCCACAACCAGCCCUUAUCCUCGUUCUAUUUGA